UUUUGCACUAUGUAGGCUUCUUUGUAGGAGACAAUGACGCUCGUUGCAAUCACCAACAGCAUUUGCACCGCCAACUUUUAGAAAUAAUGAAAACCAUUGUUUGAAGCUUUUAAACAAUGGUUGCCAAUGCUGCAUUGAAAAAAGUCGUCAGCAUAUCUGAAGGUAACUUUCAUGGCUGCUAUGCUUCAAACAAAGCCGAAAAAUUUAAAUUUCGUCGGUUGUCGUUGGGUCUUGAAAGCUGUGCGCAAGCUCAGGCUUUAAAAAUGCGCAAGCAAGAAAAAGAAUUGCAUAAAGUUUUGCAUCAAUUAGAAAAGGAGAAGGAGAAGCGCCACUGCGAAAGAAAGGACAAUCAAAUUUAUCUUCACCGUGUCUAUGACAGCGAUGCAUCGAGAGCGGAAAGUUUUGCAAAACCGUCCACAAACCGGAUUUCAUUAGAUUUGAAUUCGGGCGAGGUAGUGUAUUGUAAUUCGCCAAAUGCUUCAACUUAUCAAUGUAACAAAAGAAACAUAUUAAAAACAAGGAAUGCUAGAAGAUCAUCCGUUUGUGUUUCCGAUAGCCAAGAAGUUAUUCCGUUUUACAUGCAAAAUUCGUACGCGAAUUAUCACAACGUUCUCUAUAACAGUAACCUCUCGCCUUCAUCAAAUGAAUUGACCAAUCGGAAAAGCUCUGUUGAUUGUGAUCAACCAUCCUGGAAAACUACAACAAGUUUAUCUCGUUUAAAGCAAGGUAGAACUGUUCUCAACAUACCGAAAUCGGAUUACCCUCUUCAAACUAGUAAAUCGAACGAACCCUCAGGAGAUAUUUUCUCAAAAGACAACAUUCCAUCAAACUUCCUUAACUCGUCCACUUAUAACUUAUCUCAACACCGCGCCCCAAGUGUUUUGGAAAAUAUUGAUAAAACAGCAAAAGCAAGUGCAACCAUGGUUGAUAGGCAAAGUGUACUGACACCGCUAGAACGUCAGGAGUUAGCAAGGCACACUCGAAAUCGUGGCAACUACGUACGAAGACAUGAGGAGCAAAAAGCGAAAUAUACGGAAUCGCACAAAGAAAGGCGACACACUAUGGAUGAAACUGGAAGAGCUUUUCUGUUAAAGAAAAUAAUUCAAAAUAGAAUAAAACGUGGUGAAGCGAUUGAGGAUUUGGUUAAAGACAAGACGCUUGACAAUUCACUGGAUUUAUAUGAUGAAGGGCGUUUGUGUCCUGCCUACAAUUCAAAUACAAAGAUGACAUUUCAAGAUUUCCGCUCGCUGAGACAAUGUAAAUAUCUGCGAUUAUCCGAUUUGAACAGAAAAAGUUUAAAGCAAGCAACAUUGGAAGCUUUAAUAAAUUAAAAAACGGAAUUUGUUUUGGUUA